AUGUGGCGGUGCGUGUCUCGUCGCCUUGGCAUUCCUUCAACGAGAUCCAUCUCCGGCGAAUCCCUCGGACCUCACUUUGAUAGACUCUUCUCCACACAAUCCAAUGUGGGAGUUUCAUCAUAUACCGUCGUUGAUCAUACCUACGAUGCAGUUGUGGUAGGAGCAGGCGGUGCUGGGCUCAGAGCGGCGAUAGGGUUGUCUGACCAUGGUUUCAAACACCGCUUGCAUUACAAAGCUCUUCCCUACUCGUUCACAUACCGUUGCGGCUCAGCAAACAUAUUGGAUCUAGACUAUGAAGCAGCUUCAUAG